AUGGUUUAUGACAAUGAUGAUGAAGAAGAAAAUGUAUCUAAAGGGUCAAAUAUCAAACGAAAGAAACGUGACAAAGAGCUUGAUGAUCUUGAGCGUGUUGCAAAGGAAGCUGAAGCUCAUGAUAAGGAGGCUCGUGAUGGACAAGUCACACUUAUAAUACAAAAGACCCUCUUCCUUCCUUGGUCCAUGGAGAGGAUUCUAAACGAGGCCAUUAACAAUCUGAGCAUCCACUGGUCAGAUUCAGUUGUAGCAUUCGACUUGGAAAACACUUCAGAAUCCCAACUUGAUUUUCCGAUCACCCUGAAGGCUUUUCUUUUCUGA